AUCAGCUGUUGGCCAGACGGUUAGGGAAGUCUCAUUCCGCCACAGUUGGUCCACGCAGUCUGAUGGAACCUGUGGAGGGAGAGCUGCUGGGGCUCAACAUAGGCAGCUCCAACUUGCUGGGCUUGCCAGAGCCUUGCUCCUGGGACAGCGACGAUGAGCUGCUCAGUGUCGGGGGAAUCAAACCCAAAUCAUCCCCUAUUCCAAGGCGCCGAAGCUCAGUGUCUUGCUCUGAUGAUGACUCCCAACCGCCACCGUCCAGCUCACGGAGAGUGUCUUUUGCGGAUGCUUUUGGCAGGAGCUUGGUCUCUGUGAAGCAGUUUGAUACCUGGUCAAUGCGUGAUCCCACAGACCGAUUGGAGGUUGAUCUAAAGAAUGCAAAGGAAUACUUUGUGAAACUACUCUUUGCUCUUCCAGUGACAUUGGAGGAGCUGCUCUAUAGGGUCCAAGAGCAGAAGGUGGAUCUGGAGACUCUGGAGCUUCUCCCUUGUACAACCACACUUAAAGGAACUGUUCGUGUUUUGAACUUGUGUUUUGAUAAGCUGGUCUACAUCCGCACUUCUUUGGACUGCUGGAGCAGCCAUUUUGACCUGCUGGCAGAGUAUGUGCCUGAGCUAAGCCAAGGGAUUACGGACUGUUUCUCUUUCAAGCUAACGCUAGUGCCACCUUUUGGGGAGCAAGGAGCCAGAGUGGACUUUUGCAUUCGAUAUGAAACACCUUUUGGAACUUUCUGGGCAAACAACAGUGGACAGAAUUUUGUUUUGUUUUGUCAUGAAAAGGCAAAAGAACAAGAUGAAAAUGAGAAACUUCUACCAAAAAGUUGUCUGAAACCAAGCAGACAAUGCUCUAUGACCAGCACUACCUCAAAUGAAGAGGAAAUACCAGUUGCUGUUAAUGAACCUGUGGAUGUUAAAGAGGAAAAAACACAGGAAGAGGACAGGAAACUGAAGGAGGAGGAAAACAGCAGAAACUGUAGCAGGAGAAGCAGAAGAAAAGCUUCCCGGAUGGCAAAAAUAGAGCAGUACUUUUCACAAAGUGAUGAAAAUUGCCUCCAACAGACAGAGAAAGACACUGAUGGAAUGUAUGCCCCUGUUCCAGCAAUAGAUGAGGCAGCUUUAAACCUGUCAACACCACAAACAAAUGUCACCUCUUUGCUGACUGAGCCUAGAAACACUGAAAGACAGAAAUCCCCAGCAGGUUCCAUGGACGUAGACAGAAACCAGGUACCUGCUACACAAUCUCAACAACAGGAAAUAGACAAUUUUCCAGUAAUUGACCCUGAUUUAAUCAAUUCCAAAUCCCAGACUAGGCAACCUGCCUCGGACAGUGUAAACAGUCAUAAAUCCGGGGUAGUCUCACAGCUGUUGGAGAACAGCCAAGAUAAAGAGACAGUUACAAUCCAGAAUGUUUCACCUAAGUGCCAAAUGGCAGACAAAUCUAUUGGUAAAACUGUCGAAAAGGCAUGGGAAUGCUUUGAAAAAUGUGCUAUGACAAAAAUGGGGAGUACUACAAACACGAACAGAGUACACAAUACAAAUCAGAUGGACAACAUGGUUUUAGAGGAUAACCAAGGCUCUCAGUCAUUUGGUCAUCACUACACAUUUGGAACAAUAGUGGCUCCACUUUACCAUCAGGUUUUUGAGAGAAUGGAAAAUGACAGAAGAAAGGUUAAGGUUGACGAGUCAGCUGGGAAACUAGACCAUAGGAGACCGAGAGUAGUCACGUACCCAAGUGUAGAGACAAGGUCAAAUCCAGAAAUAUCAGCAAAACCCAUGAGCGAAGAUAAUCAUCAUGGGGCCGGCAAAGAAACAUUUGGAGAAAGUUUACAAGCAGUUUUGCCUUUAGAGAAUCAACAUUCAUCAGACAGACAGAAUUCAGUUUUCUGGGAAGAAUACACUACUGAACAGACAGAACAAAUACCGGAAAUGAUUCUUUUACAAAGUGGACAUUCGGACGAUACAGAAUUUUCACUAGACAACAAGCUUUCUGAUGGUGGAUAUGCACUACACAUUAUACAGCAAGAGCAGACUUGUACAGAUACUGCAGUUUUACCUACACAGUCUGAAGUAGAUAUAACAGCUGCCAAGCCCUCACCAGCUAAAACUUCUAAAAAUGCACAAUCUGAGGACAGAUCAGUCACCCAGAUAUCUUUGGAAACUCAAAUUAGCCAUGAGAUUGAUGGAAUGAAGGACCAGGAAGCCCAAACAUCAGAGCGAACCUUGAAUACUCACAUCAGUGGCCUAGAUGAAAGCUAUACUCCCUUGCCUCACUCUACUUUGUUCAAUUCUGACAUUUCAACAAAUGUCACACCUAAAAGUAUCCAAAGUGCAGUUUUAACAACUUCGCAGGAUCUGACCCAAGCGAGCAUCCAAACCCAGAUUCCAGCCACUACAUUUUUUACUAAAAGCCUAGAGGUGACUGCUACAGCUCCUCAUCUCCAAACUAUACAUGACAAAAAUCUGAUCAUAGAAACAACUCAAAUGUGUCAAAACGGUGAAAGUUCUCAGCAUGUUGGAUCUAAGAUGGAAUCAAAUCCAAGUGAUAGAAAUGAUUGUGCUGAUAGAUGUGAAAACAUGACAAAUGACACUGAAACAGAAAUAUUACAAAUGAAUCUAGAAGAGACAGAUGUAGAUGUCUGCCAAAUCAAUAAAAAUAAAGAACACCAAAUUGCAAUUUUAAAUUUUCCUGAUGCGGGUAUUGAAUUUGAUGAGCUUUUGGGUAAAGACAUGGCAAUGUCUUACAUUCGUAGCAGUCCUGACAAUCCUGAGAAUGCUUCACAAGAAGGAGUUGAAAAAGAAAACACCUGGGUGAAGAAUCCUGUUAAAAAUGAAGAAGAAGAAUUAACAUACAUGACAGAAAAACAAUCAGAGGAAGUAAAGGAAAUAAGGGAAGAAGAAAAAGAAGAAGAAGAAGAAAAAGAAGAAGAAAAACAAAAACAAGACAAACAAGAAGAUCAAGUAGUAAAGGUAGAACAGGAAAAUGAUACGAAGGAUUAUGAGAAAUUUAAAGGUGGCUCAAACAACUCAAAGAAUGAUGAAGAAGAGGUAAAGAAGUAUGACAAAGAAAAAGAUGCAGAGCCAAGAAGAAAUGAAGUGAAAUGGGAGGAUAAAAAACAUGCUGAGGCACAGAUUGAGACGCAGAAGACAGUCAACAGAGUCAUGUCUGUGGCUAUACUACAAAGCAUCACUGCUAUAGACUCUUUCAUUAAGGAGAUUCACCUUGAUGUGGGAAACAAGCAGCAAAACACAGGUUUGGAACAGACUUCUGAGGAACCAUUAAGUGAAAGGCACACAGUUGGGGGAGAAGAAGAGAUUUUCUGUGAAACUAAUUCAAUAAGGCAAACUCUGAAAGUAAACCUGGAUGUAGCAUUCAGUGCCAGAGCUGAAGAGAUAGAAAAUGAUUCAAAAUUUGUUGAGAGAGAGGAAGACGCGUGCCGCCAAAUAGACAAAGAUCAUGUGGCAGAAGAUCCUGUUGUUGAGGUUGACACAUUGCUGGAGAAGCGGGACAGGGACUGCUUAAAUGAGAGUGAGAACAUAGACGACAGCACCUCCACAGAAUCUCUAACAGAUGAUGAAAUGGAGCUCUAUCUCCACAGACUGAAAAACACACAGCAGACAGGACUCAAAGAUACCAUACCCAUGGGUAAGAGGCACUCCAUAAGCAGAACAUGGACAAUACCAUCACCCAUGCCUCCAAUUGCAGAAUACAUGGAUGAGGACCAGCCAAAUGCUUUGCUGGAUGACCUGAUACCUGAGAAUAACACAGAACAAGAGCGAGACGCUCUACUUCAAUUGGACAAAGAGAAGAAAGUCAUUGAAUCAAAUUCGUUAUGGUGGAGAGAGUUCUUCUCCUUUGACAAUAUGACAAAAAUGAUUGUGUACACCCUUUUGUUUGUUGUUUUUUUAAUAACCGCUUAUUUUUGUGACUUCAUUGCAUGUUUGGGGCUCUACUUGAUUGCCCUGUAUUGGCUUUACUUUCAAGUACAGAGAGAACCUUUAAAAGGCACUUGAUCCAACAACACUAAAAUGACUAUUAUUGGUUUGUAAAUGAUAUUUUUCCAAUUGUGGUCCAUUACUUCUUUUUCAGCUCUAUUGUGUGUUAGCUAUGUUGAAUCAAAGGUCUCUUUCGAUAUGACAUGGGAAAUUACAGCAGAUUUGUAUAUGUAGCCAGUUUGUUAAAUGUGAACAAUGUUUUUUAAUGUGUUAUGUUUCCUGCCAUGGUCUUGCCUACAUGACUGCCUGGUGUGAGCAAAUGAACAACUAUUCCAAUUUGUCUUGCCUAAGACAAAAAUAAUCCAGCCUCCUCCCAUAGCAGAUAAACUAACUGACCUUUACAAUACAGUGGCACUAAAGCCUUCUUCCAUAAAUAAAUGUUUUGCCAUGUCAGUUAGAUGACACGUUUUUUUUUUGUUAAACAACAGAAUUUUAUUUACUUAAUUAACCUCAGAUUAUGUUAAGUGUCCACAAUACAAGUCGCUGUGAAUGACCUGUCAGCUUAGAAAAAAAAAAGUAUUACAAGUGCAUUAAUAUAAACAUAUAAAGUGCCUAAAUUCAGCAGUCCUGUUAGAGCUGCUUGUACAGUAUAAGAAAUUAAUAAACACCUUGUGACAGUCCAAUCAGAUUCUCAAAUUCAGCAGUGAUUUGAUAUAAUAAAACAAACCAUGAUGUCAUCUAUAUUAACAUCCAUUAACAAUGAUCCAAACAACUGUUACAUUUAAGUCUUCGAACAUGGACCGCAUGGCGUGCAUCAUUGUUAACAUGUGCUUUGUGCAUGUUGAAUAGAUGUACAUACUGUAUAUGUGUGUUUGUUUUCUGUGCUGACAUUUAUGUGUUAUGAUUCUUAGAGCUGUUAUCAGAGCGGUUUAAAUAAGUAUAGCAAUUCCAUAUGUAUGUGCAUCAUACGUCUAUAACUGAUUAAUAAAUUCAAGCAACUAAGACAAAGUUUAAAGGUUUG